GGGGGGGUGAAGGAUAUUCCAGAGAUCGAGGAUAUUGUGGGCUUCACUGGACCGAAGUUUUUCGUGCGGAAGGAGAUAUUGUGUGUGCUGGAGAACUUGAAGGAGUUUUUAGAAGUGACGCUUUCACGACGAGAACCCAAGGAACAUUUCAUACUCAUGGGAAGCCCAGGAACGGGCAAGAGCUGCAUUUUAGCGUUGGUCUGCUUCUACUUGGCACUUGUGGAGGCAAUUUCAGUUGUGUGGCACCGCCGUGUUGGAGGUGGGAGCAACGACCUACCAGUUACACGUUUGUUCGACAAGGGCAAAUACUACGAGUGGUACGACGUUGAUUGCAGUGUUUACAAGUCGCUGCGCUUGAAGUGUACGGCUGAUUUGCCUAGAUGCUGGUUUGCUCUUGACGGGUUGAAUCAAGACCAGCUCAACGAAAAAGAUGUGGGCAAUAUGUACAUGCUGCUGGCGACGUCUGGGCAGUUUAUCUUUUCUGGUCGUGUUGAGUUAUCUGCUUGUUACUAA